GAACGACCCUGAGGUAAAAGAAAGCAGAGUCUAAAUGGAUGGUUGAAAUGGAAGGGAACAAGAAAAUGGAUGGUUGAACUCUUUCCGAAUGGCCCUGCAUAAAGUACUUAUCGGCCCACUCUUUCCGGUAGUCUCUGAUCAGGUUCUCGCUAAUCCUCAACAUUCGGCCGCAGAGAAAUUGAUCGCCGACGAUACAUCAGUAUCGAAUAUAAGAAAUCGGUAAACCAAGCUUUCUGAUUUUAUAUCCUUAUAUGAGUACUUGUGCAGUUAUAUUAGCACUUGUCCAGUGAUCGGCGGCGAACGCCGUCGACCUUUCACUUUCCUGUCCAAUUUCAUGUGCAUUCGUGAUAUCGAGUCGGUCAGUCGAUGUAAGUUAUAUCCAUAGGCGAGCGAAAUUAGGGUUUAUUUGCGUUUGUGUUUGUUUAGGUAGCACAAAGAAGAAGUGAACAGGCCAGCCCUCCAAAUUGAAGAGGGAUUCCUGAUCUACAUGUUUAUCUGGCUGCGGAAUGGAUCACGGCAGCAUUUUAGAUACGGUUGGAGGUGAGAUUACCGGGGUGAUGGCUCCGGUGUCUAUUUGCAUGUUCUUGGUGGUCCUCAUUGUAUACUCCCUUUCUUCCCCCACCUCAGCCACCACCACUAUCCAGACUGCAGCAAAUCUCGUAUACCUAGAAAACCCUUCUGAUUCCACUUCUCAAAAACUGGAAGGAGCUCUCCUCAAUGCACUGGUUUUCGUUAUCCUCCUUGUGGUGGUCACCUUUCUCCUUGUGGCUCUCUAUUAUUUUCGAUUCACAAACUUUAUAAAACACUAUGUCCGCCUCUCUGUCUUCUUUGUAUUGACGUCUAUGGGCGGCUCCAUCUUCCUCUCCAUCAUCCAGCACUUCAACAUCCCCAUAGACGUAAUCACAUGUGCUUUACUCCUCUUCAACUUCAGUAUCCUUGGGGUCAUCUCCGUCUUUUCACAGGGGGUGCCCAUCCUGCUUAAUCAGAUGUACAUGGUGUCAGUUGGGAUCAUCGUUGCCGUUUGGUUCACGAAAUUGCCAGAGUGGACCACCUGGGUUUGCCUUGUGAUGUUGGCUUUGUAUGAUUUGGUUGCAGUGUUGGCCCCUGGAGGACCACUUAAGAUUCUGGUGGAGUUGUCUUCGUCACGGAAUGAGGAACUUCCUGCUCUAAUUUAUGAGUCCCGGCCUAGUGAGCAAAGGAGCAGAAGAGGUUCUGGGGUUGGGCUUUUGCUGGCUGGGGUUUCUGAUAUUGAACUUCAAACCAUUUCAGGUAAUACUAAUGUUACCAUUGGUGAUGAUGAGAAUAUUGAUGUAAGGAGCCCACAUUCGGCUGUAAAUAUUCAAAAUGAAUGCGAGGAAAUCACAGAGGAGACUUCUCCAUUGAUGACCAGCGGUAAUUCUUUGACAGAAGGGCACGAUGAGAGCACAGAAGUAAGAGAGUUGGAGAGGCAAAGUGAAGAAGAGGAGGAGGGGGAGAGAGAGAGGGGGAUUAGGCUUGGAUUAGGGGACUUCAUCUUCUAUAGUGUUCUGCUUGGAAGGGCUGCAAUGUUUGAUCUGUUGACAGUGUAUGCUUGUUACCUUGCUAUCAUAUCUGGGUUGGGGUGCACACUGAUUUUGCUUGCUGUGUGCCGCCAUGCUUUGCCUGCGCUUCCCAUUUCAAUUGCUCUUGGGGUUAUGUUUUACUUUUUGACAAGGCUCUUGUUGGAGCCAUUUGUCGUUGGCGCGUCAACCAAUCUGAUCAUGUUCUGACUAUUGGUGCUGCUGCACAGAAGCUAUUUAGGUGCUCAUAACAAUGAGAGUCUACUGUUUUGGUUUGAGGAAUCGGUUUAUGCUUUAGGUGAUGAAGAGGUGUUAUACUCUGUUGCAAACUUUUUGUGUAUUGACAGAAACUCUGGAAACUUAUUCUUGAACAGAUUCUUCUUCUGCUCUAGCACUGGUAUGCAUGGUUUUCAUCUUGUACUUAACAUUCUACUACUGAAUGAGGAGCCAGCCUGACUAGAUUUUGGUGAGUUUUUGUGGCGAUAACAAAUACCCCCUAAAUUACCAUUUUGGUCAACCGAUUACCACUAGCCCAGAACUUAUGAUAGAGUAACCUUUAAAUCUUUAAUGGGGUGUCUUGGAAUCGAAUCAGAGACUUUCUAAUCAUGUGUUCAUACUUUAUACCAGUCGAAAUACCCUUCUUGCUUGGUGAUCAUUAUUGCUUGCAGUGGCGGAACCAGAACGAUUUUUAAGGGGUGGCUGAAAAGUAUGUCAAAAUCAAGAGGAUCUAAAACAUCUACUAUUUUUACUACUCCCUCCGUAUCACAUUAUCAGUCGCAUUUGCUAUUGCACGCAAUUUAAAAUGAUUAUUAUACAUUUUAUAAAAAAUAAGAAGUUUAUGAUACCGUAGCACUACUGUAACUGCUUUUAUGGUGAGUUUCUUAAAGAAAAUUAAAUACGGAGUAAUUAAUUUGAUGUGUCCCAAAAAAAGUGAGACAGAUAAAUUGAUACGGAAGGAGUAUGAUUUUUAGAGUAAAAAUGACAAAGUGGACUACAAAGAUCUCUAGUUGUGUACUCUCUUGUACUUGAUUUCUAAUGAACGGAUCAAAGGCAAUAAUAGAUUUUC